CCUCGACACGGUUCCACCUCGGCAACCGAUCCCUUAGGGUUUCCUUCUCACCUCUCUUCUAUAGUGGGGUUUUACCUUCUCGUUUUCACCCUUCCUCUGAAAUCUAGUAUUUCUUGCGUAUUUCUGUGUUAGUUUAGUUUGAUGCAAUCGGUGCAAGGCAAAAAAGGGCAGCUUUAGCUGAUUUCUCUGGUUCUCUAGGUUGGAACAGAUGAGGGAUUCGUGUCGUUGAAAGAGAGCCUGGAAGGGAUUUGUUGGGGUUGCUGAGAUGGAAGGAGUGGAAGACGCUAAUAUGGCAGCUGUGGAGAGCUGCCACAGAGUGCUGAGCUUACUGUCUGAGACACAACACCAACCCUUAGCUCACAAGAGUCUACUGGCAGAGACAGGAACUGCUGUUUCUAAGUUUACCAAGGUUGUUUCGAUGCUUGGAAAUGGUGUUGGCCAUGCAAGGCUGAGGAGGCUCAAGAGUCCCCAUCAGCUCCGCUUCAACCACAGCAUCUUCUUAGACAACCCAGCUGCCUCCAGAGCUGACCCUUCUGCGGUGCUGCUCCAACUCCUUCCAAGAAACCUACUACAGAAGCCAGUUAAUGAGUUGGGUUCCACUGCCAACAUGCCUCCACAAAUCCCACCAAGAAUGUUCCUUGAGAACCCUGCAUCGGAAAUCCAAGCGACCCUCAGCAGUCCUACCCCCACUCACCUCCAUUUCCUCCACCAGCAGCACAACAACCGUCUGCUCCAGCUUCAGCAACAGCUGAAGCUCCAGAACGAGAUGUGCGAGAGGAGCAACGGCGGCUUGAACCUCAUGUUUGACACUUCGAGUUGCACGGCGACUGCGUCGUCCUCUAGGUCCUUCUUGUCAUCCCUGAGCAUCGAUGGAAGCAUGGGGAGCAUGGAUGGGAAGGCCUUCAACCUGUUCGGCGGACCGCAGUUGUCCAAUCCCAUGAACUGGCACCCGCAUGAUAGAAGGUGCUCUGGUGGAGGAAUUGAUGGAAGCGGAGGCAAAUGUGGGAAAACAAGCAGGUGCCACUGCUCAAAGAAGAGGAAAUUGAGAGUGAAGAGAACAAUCAAGGUUCCUGCUAUCAGUAACAAGCUUGCAGACAUCCCUGCUGAUGACUGCUCAUGGAGGAAGUAUGGGCAGAAGCCAAUCAAAGGUUCUCCCUAUCCUAGAGGAUACUACAAAUGCAGCAGCAUGCGGGGCUGCCCUGCAAGAAAGCAUGUCGAGAGGUGCAUCGAAGAUCCGACAAUGUUGAUUGUGACUUAUGAAGGAGAGCACAACCAUGCCAAGCUAUGACUAGAUCUGCUCACAGAUAGAGGUUGGUGGAGGUGUCCUUAGCAAUUAGUUGAAAUGUGUUUUGAGCUUAUCUUGUAAAUACUCCUUGUGUUCAAGAAAAGCAGGUCAUGGUAAUAGUCAUUACAUGGUAAGUUUCCAGGUCUCUGGGAAUCUGUGAGAGAUGCAAGGAAGAUGUACCCAUAGUGCCUCAAAAGCAUGCUACUGAUUAGUUGAGUAUUAUGAGAACCAUCAUUGACAUAUUUUUGUGAACUUUAUUUGUUUGAAGUAGGCUUGGUUGGAACUUCAUAGAAGUGCUUUGACAGUAGAAAGCCAUGGUUGUAAAGCACUUAAAAGCUUGUCUCAUGCUUGGAAGAAUAGAAUCCUUUAUGCAAAAGCCUGUGUAUUAUU